GCAGCAUGUCUCAGUGUCACUGCUGCUCGAUGUCACACACCUUUGCACACACCAGACCCCUUCUCUCAUGACUGGAAAUCUCUCUCACUGACUGCAAACAGCACACUGAGGAUAAUGUUACCCUGUUCAUAUUCUGUCGUGGUCCUCUGUCUCCUUCAAGUCCUCUGCGUCACUGCCGACAUAGACACUAGCACCUUCCUGAUCUUCAACCAGGACCACAACAUGUGCAUAAAGGUGGAAAGUGCCACCUCAGUAACGUUGUCCGUCUGUGAUCCUCACGCCAAACAGCAGCAGUUUCGUUGGGCCUCCGAAUCUCGUAUCCUCAGUUUGUCCCUCAAACUGUGUCUGGGUGCCACCGAGAUAAAAGACUGGGUGAAGGUGGUCCUCUUUGAAUGUGAUGAGAGCAGUCAGGUCCAGCAUUGGCAAUGCAAGAACGAGACCCUGUUUGGUCUCAAAGACCAGGACCUGCACUUGAACUGGGGCAACCACAAGGAGAGGAACGUGAUGAUCUACAAAGGCUCAGGGGUGUGGAGCCGCUGGAGGAUAUUUGGCACUCAGGGCGACCUUUGUUCAAAGGGGUAUCAAGAGAUUUUCACAAUAGGGGGCAAUGCUUUUGGAGGCCCCUGUCAGUUCCCAUUUAAGUUCCAUGAGAAGUGGUUUGCUGAAUGCACAAAGGAAGGUCGUCAAGACGGACAGCUGUGGUGUGCCACAGUGAGAGAUUACGACGAGGAGACGAAGUGGGGAUUUUGUCCAAACAAAGCAUCCUCUGGUUGGGACACUGACCCGGUCACUAGGGUUCAGUAUCAGAGGAACGCUCAGUCAGUGUUGACCUGGCAUCAGGCCAGGAAGAGCUGCCAGCAGCAGGGAGGUGACCUGCUCAGCAUCGUAGAGCUGCAUGAGCAGUCAUACAUCUCUGGGUUGACAAAUCAUUUGGGAACAUCUCUGUGGAUUGGGCUCAACAGCCUGGAUUUUGAGAGCGGAUGGUCAUGGAGCAAUGGAAAUCCAUUCAGAUAUUUAAACUGGGCUCCGGGUCAUCCCUCAUCAGAACCCGGGCUCUCCUGUGCAACCCUAAAUGCUGGAAAAGCUUCAAAAUGGGAAAGCAGCACUUGCAGCAAGAAACUCGGCUACAUUUGCCGUAAAGGAAACUCUACCAGUCUGCCCCCACCACUGAUCAAAGGGCCCAGUUUCUGCCCCAGUCACUGGAUUCCUUAUGGAGGAAACUGUUACUACCUGGAGAGGAGUAAAAAGAUGUGGAGCGACGCCUUGGCUGCCUGCCGUAAAGAGGGAGGAGAUCUGGCCAGCAUCCACAAUAUAGAGGAACAGAGCUUCAUCAUAUCUCAAUCUGGAUACGUGUCGACAGAUAUGCUCUGGAUUGGCUUAAACGAUCAGAGGAACCAGAUGUUGUUUGAAUGGUCUGAUCACACCCACGUUACCUUCACCCGGUGGCUGAGCGGUGAACCUUCUCACGCCAUGAACUUUCAGGAAGACUGCGUCCUCAUCCGAGGAACGGAUGGGAAGUGGGCAGAUCACAUGUGUGAGAAAACCUAUGGAUACAUCUGUAAGAAGAAGGCCUCCAUUCAGCCACCUGAAGGCAUCCAAGAGGACGUAAACCCCGGAUGCAAGACUGGCUCCUUCAGGUUCGGCUCGUAUUGUUAUAACAUUGGAACUGAGACAAAAACUUUCAAUGAUGCAAAGCAGACAUGCUCAGCGGCUGGUGGCAAACUGGUGGAUGUGGCUGACAGAUAUGAGAAUGCUUUCCUGGUCAGCUUAGUGGGUUUGAGACCAGAGAAGUAUUUCUGGACAGGUUUAUCCAACACAGAAGACAAAAGCACUUUCAAGUGGACGACCAGAACCAGGGUCGCAUUCACUCAUUUCAACGUGGGGAUGCCAGACAGAAAACAAGGAUGCGUCGCCAUGGCCACUGGGACUUCGGCUGGAUUAUGGGAUGUCCUCAGCUGCAGCGACAAGGAGAAGUAUAUUUGCAAGAAACCUGCAGAAGGAGUGCAUGUGACCACAAUUCCACCCACCACCGCGGCCCUGAGCUGUGCGUCUGGGUGGACCCCGGUUGCCAGAAGGAACAUCUGCAUUAAAAUUUACAAGAAAAGAAAGACGCUAAAGAAGACUUGGCAGGAAGCGAGGGACUUCUGCAAGGCUGUUGGUGGGGACCUGAUGAGCAUACACAAUUCGCAGGACCUGAACAGCCUGUAUGUUCAUAGCUCUGACCCAGCCUGGAUCGGCCUCAGUAUGGGUACCAAUGAGGCUUUUGUCUGGAGUGAUGGAACGGCUUUCAGCUAUGAGAACUGGGGCUUUGGGGAACCAAACAACCACAAUGACAACGAACACUGUGCGGAAGUCCAGAUUUACUAUGGACGACACUGGAACGAUAGGCACUGUGAAUCCUUCAAUGAUUGGAUUUGCCAGAUACGCAAAGGUGCAACUCCCAAACCUGAGCCUGCCAUCACUGAGACUGUAUACAACAAAACCGAAGAUGGAUGGUUAAUUUACAAUGACACACAGUAUUUCAUCAACAUGGACAAAUUGCCUAUGGAAGCUGCCAGGGUCUACUGCAAAAAAAACUUUGGUGAACUUGCGGUUAUUACAGGCGAGAGCGAGAGGAGGUUCAUUUGGAAACAGAUAGUGAAGCGCUCUGAAAUUCAGUAUUACAUUGGAAUGACAGUGAAUUUGGAUAAAUCAUUCAGCUGGCUCGAUGACACACCCAUAACUUACACUGCAUGGGAACGCAAUGAGCCCAACUUUGCUAACAACGAUGAAAACUGUGUGACUAUAUACAAGAGCAUGGGUUACUGGAAUGACAUAAACUGUGGCAUGGAGCUGCCGUCUAUUUGCAAAAGAAGCGGCAGUUUUGUUAAUACAACAAUUGCCCCGACCACAGUUCCUAAAGGAGGAUGUGCACCUGAGUGGAUGUCCUUCCAAGGAAAGUGCUACAAGAUCGUCAUGGGGAAUGACAAUAAAAACUGGAAGGAUGCCAGGACAUACUGCAUAAACCAGGGAGGAAAUCUGGUUUCUAUCCUCAACGAGAAAGAGCAAGCAUUUCUAACAACACAGAUGUUGAACUACAAUGGGGACUUGUGGACUGGCCUGAAUGAUAUCAACUGGGAGAUCUAUUUUGUGUGGACAGAUGGCAAAGGCAUUUCAUUCACCAACUGGGCUAAAGGACACCCAACAUCUUCGCCCGAUGGACACUUUGCUAUGGAUGAGGUGUUUGACUGUGUGGUCAUAGUAGGCAGCGUCAGCAAACAAACAGGACAAUGGAAGGUGGCGGACUGUAACUCAAAACAUGGCUUCAUCUGUAAAAGAAACAUUGAUUCUCAGAUUGUAGUCCAGCCCACCACCGUGCAGCCAAAGGCCUUCUACAAGCUUGGCAACGACUCCUUCAAACUGGUGGCCCAGAAGAUGAGAUGGGACGAGGCUCGAAGACAGUGCCAAGCAGAUGAUGCAGAGCUGGCCAGUAUCCUGAACCCUGUAACUCAGGCAUAUAUCACCCUGCAGAUUGCCAAGCACAAUGAGUCUGUGUGGAUUGGCCUCAACACCAAUGUGACUGGUGGUCGCUUCAAGUGGGUUGAUAACUGGGCUCUGUCUUACACCAAAUGGGGCAUAAAUGAGCCUAAAAACAACUUUGGCUGUGUCUAUAUAGAUGUGGAUAAAACAUGGAAGACUGCACCGUGCACCAAUACCCACUAUUCUCUCUGUAAAAAGUCUUCAGAUGUAGCUCCCACUGAACCCCCACAACAUCCUGGCAGCUGUCCAGAACCAAAGAAGCAAAGAACCUGGAUACCUUUCAGAGGCCACUGCUAUUACUUUGUCAGCUCAGUGGUGGAUAACUGGGCUCAUGCCUCAGUCGAAUGUCUGAAAAUGGGUGCUUCUCUAGUGAGUAUUGAGGACCCUGCUGAGGGGACAUUCAUACAGAAGAACCUGGAGCUUCUGCAGGACGGUGCCAAAACUUUCUGGAUUGGCCUCUACAAGUCUCAUGAAGGUAAGUGGAUGUGGAUUGAUAGCAACGUUAUGGACUACACCAACUGGAAAACGGGGAUGCCAAAGUCAGACUCAUGUGUGGACAUUAAUUCUGACAGCGGGCAGUGGGCUACAACCAGCUGCAGCAGAUAUCGCUCGUACAUCUGCAAAACAGCAAAAGUUAUUAAACCUACAGAAAAACCUCCAGCUGUUGCCCAUGUCGUCGAACAACCUCCACAUGGGUCUGCUGGCAUCACCGUGGCUAUAGUACUAAUUGUACUUGCCGUAAUUGGACUGGGUGCUUUCUUCCUUUUGCGUAAACGGAUACCCACCCCUGUCCUGGGAGAAAGCACCUUUGACAACAAGCUUUACUUCAACAACCCCAUCCGAGCUCCUGUAGACACCAAAGGCUUGGUGGCCAACAUAGAGCAGAAUGAACAGGCAUAGAAAGACAUGAGUUCAGUGGUAACCAGCACUGUGAAAAACAGUAUUAUCAAGAGAUCUUCAUCUGGGUUUUAUGCUUUAUUUUUGGAUCACUGUACUGGGAACUAGAGCUAAAACAAAACCUGCAGCGUUUUUCAGUUUUACAGAGGACUGGAUAGACCAAAGACACUGAUCAGAAUUAUUAAUAUGCAGAUUGUUAUUAUGCAAUAAUUCAAACCAGCAAUGGCAGUACACUAAGUGAAUUAUCAACAAUCAAAACGGAUUUUAAGAUGGUAAAGUGAUUUGUGAAAUGAGUACAGCUGUUUUUAAUUAUAUUUUUUACCAAUCAGUGUAACCAAGAAUGUCUACACGUUAAAAAUCUAAAAGGAUCAAGGCGUUGUUUAUCGCAAUUUGAAAGAUAUUUCUCAACUGGAUUGUUAUUUUUUUUAUGUUCAUCACCACUUUUCUGACUUAUAUUGUAAAUAGAUGUUCAAUAAAUGAAACAGAACUGCC